AAUGAGGCUCGGCUCCUUUAAGUCCAGCUUGGGAACGCCCAGAGCCGGCAGCACGGUUCCGGGAUCUGUGAGCUGGGAAAGCUUACGCUGCAAGGACCUCCCAGCUCCUGUCCCCUUGGUGCCCCGCCCUGCGCGCCCACUGCUUCCUGGAGCUGCCGGCCUCGGCUUGGGAAAAAUGAGCCGCAUCUACCACGACAGUGUCCUCCGCAACAAGGCGGUGCAGAGCGUACGACUGCCGGGGUCCUGGGACCCCGCCGCCCACCAGGGGGGAAAUGGCAUCUUGCUAGAGGGGGAGCUGGUGGAUGUAUCUCGGCACAGCAUCUCGGAUGCCUAUGGCAGGAAGGAGCGCUACUAUGUGCUGUAUAUCCGGCCCAGUUGCAUCCACCGACGGAAGUUUGACUCCAAAGGAAAUGAAAUCGAGCCCAACUUCAGUGCCACCAGGAAGGUGAACACAGGCUUCCUCAUGUCAUCUUACAAGACGGAAGCCAAGGGGGACGCUGACAGGCUCACGCUCGAGGUGCUGAAGGGCCUGGUGAACAAGCCGGACCUGCUGGAGCUGACAGAGAGCCUCACCCCAGAGCAGACGGUGGCAUUCUGGAUGCCGGAGUCAGAGAUGGAGGUCAUGGAACUCGAACUGGGGACUGGAGUGCGGUUGAAAACUCGGGGUGAUGGCCCCUUUAUCGAUUCCUUAGCCAAACUGGAGCUGGGGACCGUGACCAAGUGUAAUUUUGCUGGUGAUGGAAAGACAGGGGCAUCCUGGACAGACAACAUCAUGGCCCAAAAGUCUUCACAGAGGGACACAGUGGAGAUCCGAGAGCAAGGAGAUGGAGCAGAGGAUGAGGAAUGGGAUGACUGAAGUGCCUCCUCCCGCUACCAGCAUCUGAGAUGGUGUCCUUGAGAAGUGGCCAUUUUGACUUCCACCCUGGAAAGAGCAGUCUGUCAGGCUGAAUACCAUUAACACAUUCUGCGGAGAUCAAAUCCAAGACCUCGAGACUCACAGGCGGUUUCCAGGCUAAGACUUUUGUUUUUUGUUUUUGGCUUUUUGUUUGUUUGUUUUGUUUUCGAAACAGGGUUUCUCUGUGUAGCUUUUGUGCCUAUCCUGAAACUCGCUCCAUAGCCCAGUCUCUGCCUCCCAAGUGCUGGGAUUAAAGGCGUGUGCCACCACUGCCAAGCUUAGGCUACAGCUUUUGUAUGUUUGUGUCCCUUUUUGGAUGCAAAGCUAGCUUUGCUGGACCUUUCUCCAGUGGUCCUUUCCCUAGGUGGUGGACAUGUACUAGAUGAGUUCCCCAAGUCCUGAUGCACAAUUAAGGAAUGUCCCUGUCUGAGACAGAGGCGCUCUGGGGGGAAGUGAACAGGCUCCUUCUAUUCUUGCUAUCCGGUUUUUUCUUCUUUCUAUCCGGUGCCAGCCUUCUCCUUGUGCCUCUGUUCUCCUGAUCUACUCGUCCUUGGUCUGUUCUUUCCCAUCCCUUACCCAAGGUCCUACUUCUUUACUUCUGUUCUGCUCCAUGUCUCCGUGGAGUUUCCUGCCUUAGACCUCUGUCUUACUGCUCUGAUGAAACACCACGACCAAAAGCAACUUGGGGAAGAAAGGGUUUAUUUCACUCACAUUUCCAUUUAACAGUUCAUCAUCAAAAGCAAUGCUGGCAGGAACUCAAGCAGGACAGGAACCUGGGGGCAGGAGCAGAGGUCAUGGAGGAUGCUGCUUACUGGCUUUGCUCAGCCUUCUUUCUUAUAGAACCCAGAACCUCCAGCCCAGGAGUGAUGCUGGCUCUCCCCCAUCAACCACUAAAUAAGAAAAGGCCUUACAACCAGGUUUUAUGAAGACAUUUUCUCAUUGAAGGUUCCCUCCUCUCGGAUGACUCUAGCUCAUGUCAAAUUGACAUAAAACCAGGCAGCACAGACCCACCUGGUUGCUCUCCUGGAAGGCCAGCAGCCUUUCUGGCUAUGUCUGGCUGGUCCACAGAUCUUGACUCGUUCCACUAGGCCAACUUUUAAAUUUUUAUUUAUUUUCAAUUUUUUAAUUGCAAUCAAACCUAGGGCUUCAUGCUUGCACAGUAAGUGAUCUGCCACGCCUAUAGCCACAGCCAUGGAGCACAUUUUUAGAAGUAUUCUUUCUGUUGUUUUGUACUUGGAGAACUUUUAUGAAUGAGUGAAUCCUCAAAUUCCUCCACACUACUGGGUUCUUGUGAAGUGUUAAUGAAUGAGUUUUAUGAAUGAGUGAAUUUUCAGGGAGGAAUUCCUCCACACUACUGGGUUCCCUUGAGGUGUUAAUGAUCUUGCAACUGAGCCACCUUCUUAGCAGACAGUCUCAGGUCUUUGGUGAUGAACAUUUCCUCAUUGGGUAGGUGUGUCCCUUUUCAGAUCUGGACCAGAUCUGAAGUAGAAGUCUACAUGUCCUGAGUUUGAUUCUAUGUCACCCUGGCAGCUGUACGUAUCCUGCUUGAUCCUGAGAAGAAUGGGUGAAGGAGGAUAGGAUUACUGAGUCUUCUUAAUGUGUCAAAUGCAAUGCCAGAUGCCUUCUGUGACCAUGACUGGCACUGCCAAUACUGAGUUCUUCCUGGUGUGUUAAGUCCUUGGAGUAUUCUGUCACAACGCUCCUAUGAUGCACGUAUGAUUAGUAUCCCCAUGUUUUUAGGUACAUAAACUGAAGCUUUGAGGCUCUAUGAAUAGUAUGUAUUGCCAGAGAAAGGAAUUUAAACCCAGGCAGUCAGUUUCAAAGUCUACAUUCCUUCCUUCCUUCCUUCCUUCCUUCCUUCCUUCCUUCCUUCCUUCCUUCCUUCCUUCCUUCCUUCCUCUCUUUCUCUCCUCCUCCUCCUCCUCCUCCUCCUCCUCCUCCUCCUCCUCCUCCUCCUCCUCCUCUUCUUCUUCUUCUUCUUCUUCUUCUUCUUCUUCUAUCCACACACAUUUCAGGCUGACCUUGAACUUGCUAUCUAGCUAAGGAUGUCCUUGACCUUCUGAUUCUCCUGCCUUUCCCCAGUGUUGGGAUAAUAAACAUGCAUCUCCAUGCCUGUUUUGUGUGAUGCCGGAGCGCACACUCAGGACUUUGUGCAUGCUAGGUGAGCACUCUGCCAACUGAGCUACAUCCCCAGUCUCAAAGUUCACAGUCCCCCACACACCUGUUUUGUUUGUUUUGUUUUUUAAGACAAGGUUUCACUGUGUGUCCUUUGCUGACCUUGAACUCAUUAUAGGCAGACCAGGCUGGUCUUGACGUCAUGAUAUCUGCCUGCCUUUGCCUUCUAAAUGCUGGGAUCAAAGUCCACAUUUUUCAUUACUGGAUUCUUUUGCCUCCACCUGCAAACUACAAAGAAGAGGGACCAGAAAGGUCAGACAACUCUCCCAGUUUUUAAGUGGAGGAUCCAGCUUGGAGUCCAGAGCUCCCAAAGGCAAAGUUCUUGUCUCUUCCCUUGUCCCUGCUUCCUUGGCCACAAAAGGUUUUUGGAUAUAAGGGCAAGAGGAUGUAGACUCAUGUAAUUGGUGUCCUGUAUCUGGGGAAGCUUACAGACAGGUCAUGAUGGGGUCUUAUCCUUGAGGAUGGUUAGGAAUAGCUUAUCUGGGGACACUGGGACCAUCUUAUUGCACAAAGCUCCAGGCAGCCCCUGGAGCAGGUCAGCCUUUUAAUGUCCUGAGGCAAAGGGCUCUGAUCCUGGACUUUAAGGAAGAAAAGGUCACGUAAUUGGAGUUCAGAGGGUAGAAUAGCAUGGGACGUGUGUUUUCAAGGAGGCUAGACAUUGGGCAUGGCAAUUUCAUGCUCACUAGAGCUUUGAGGACUUUAUCCUUAGUGUCCUGGACGCUAGUGGUCCUGGGAGAAGUGGGGGCUGAUUCAUCUAUUUUGAAGCUCAAUUGUUCAAGAAGAAAUGGGAACAGUGAGCUUCUGCUGGAAUCUGCUGCAAUCAUUCGGUGAGAGGGCAGCGUGGUUUGCUCUGCAGCAGAGACAAAAAAUGAAGAAAGGGCUUAUGCCCAGAGGUAUUUAAGAAGCAGAAUCAACAAGCCCCAGGAGAGGAAGGAGACAAGAAUAUGUUCAGACUCUGAUGAGCAUAAGUGUUGGGGUGCAUACGGUUGUUUAGUAGGAGCCCAGCCUGAGGCUAGGCUGAAAUACACUCCUAGGGAAGGAAACCAUGUUUCCUGUAGAGAAGGCAGGCAUGGUGGUUCAUGCCUAUAAUCCCACUGCUUGGGAGGCAGAAAUGUAGAAGGGUUGCCAACCGUUUGAGGUUAGCCUGGGCUACAGAUGAGGCCAUACUUCAAUAAAACCAAACCCAAAACCAUACAUGCAAACAGACAACACAAAAGGGCCAGCAAGCUGGCUCAUUGGGUAAAAGUGAUGGCCACCAAGCCUGAAGCUGAGUCUGAUUUCCAGAACUUACAUGAUGGAAGAGAGGACCAACUCCAGCAGCUGUUGGCCAAUUUCCACACUCAUUCAUGUUGCAGCUCACAAGCACCUACCCCUCCACAUAAAUAAACAACAACAAAAUAGAUUUCAGUUUAGCAGUUAGAAAAACGGAGUUAAAACCCGCUUCUCAGGAUAGAAAGGUGCUUGGUUCAAAGCUGGGUAGGUACGUGGAAAAGACCCACAAUUUCACCCUGUCCCGUUAAUAAUUGUUGUUAUCUUGCCUCUUUAAUAUGUCUACACGUAAAAUUGGACUUUACUCUUCCUAUUGUUACUAUGUAACGACGGUCAGUGCACAGUCAUAUUUUUUUUGAGGCUCUUUAGACCAGGCUAAUCACAGAGUCACAGAGAUCUGCCUGCUUCUGCUUCCACAGCGCUGAGACUAAAGCGCUCAUCAUUACAGCGGGUUCCUCACUGUGUUUGGAUGAUUUAGGAGCAGGUGUCCAGAGUCAGGUCACUGGGAAUCUAGGCAUCUUUUGUAACAUUCUUGCUAUAUUGCCAAGUUGCUUCCCCAAAGGGCUGUUCUAGACUGUAGCCUCAGGGGUAGUGCAGGAGAGAACUGAUUUCAUGCUACUCAUGCCAGAACUGGGGAGGAAGAUUUUGAACAAAUAUUUGAUAAAGUGAAAAUUCUUAAAUAUAUUUUAUCGUUUCUUCUACUUAUAGUGAAGUUAUU